AUGGUCAACAUUGAGAUCUACUGGUACAUUCAUAGCCAUAUUGUGGUACCAUUCACAGCUCUGCAACAUUUUAACUAUGCCAGUUUCUGGACCUAUGCAAAAGUCGACUUGGAUGGCCUGCAGUCUUUUAUUUACAGGGAAUACUGUCAGCGCUUAUAUUUCUUACUUACCAUUUCUUUUGCACUGAUAAUCCGGCUAAACAUAAGUCAGUCUUAUUGCACCAAAGUUGAUGCCGUAUAG